AUGGAGCAGAGUUCAGCCUCAGGGAUACCAAAGAAUCCUGACAAGUUUAUUAAUGUUGUUUUGAAUCAUGGUGAGUAUUCUGCGGUUUUUCGUGUUAAUACUAAAAUAACCGUAGAAGAAUUGAAUCAUUUAGCAUGCAAGCAGUGGAGGUCUUUGUCCCCUGGGAGUAUAUGUUUCAGUUAUAUGGACAAUGCUCAAGUAGUUUUUGUGACAGCAGAAGUUUCUGGUUCUAAGUCUGGUUGCAGCAGUAGUUCUGGUUCUUGUUCUAAGUCUGCUUGUGAAACUGAAAGUCCUAAGAUGGUAAGGGUGUUAGAUCAUGAUGCAGACAAGGGGAAGCCUCUUAUUAUCGAUGAAUGGAAUUAUGGUGAUCCUAGCUUAAAACCCAUACAAAUCAUUUCUCUAUUCAAGAAAACUUAUGGGUCCAAUAUUAAGUAUCACCAUGCCCGUAGAGGGAAAGAAGCUGUAUUUGAAGAACAGUAUGACGAUGAUGAGAAGUCGUAUAGUGAUUUUACUUGGUAUGUCAAAGCAAUUGAAGAAACUAAUCCCGAUAGCUAUAUGAGGUUUGAAGUUGAGGAUGAAACCAAUAGAUUUCAGAGGAUAUUCGUUUGUUACGGUGCUUGCAAGCAUAGCUAUAGGUAUCUCAGGCCCAUGAUUUACUUGGACGCUACUUUCCCUACCGGUAGAUACAGGGGUACUCUGAUGGCUGCAACAUGUAUCAAUGGAAACAAUGAGUUUUACCCAUUUGCUUUUGCUAUUGUUUCUUCUGAAAACAAAGAUAAUUGGUUUUGGUUUCUGGAGAAUCUUCAAAAACUUGUCGAUGGUCGUCCGAUUGUUUUCCUUAGUGAUCGUGGAGAAGGACUUUUACAGGGAAUUCCAAAAUAUUUUCCUAAUUCACAUCACAGCUAUUGCUUUUACCACAUCAAAUGCAAUCUCCCCAUUGGAUCAGGUGAUGCGAAUUCGAAGCCCGUUCUUGAUUUGUUUUACAAAGUUUCGUACUCUUACACACCAGCAAACUUUGAAGAAGCUUUGCGGGGCACGCAUGCAAUUGGAUGUGGGCAUGUUGCUAACUAUAUCAGGACUAUUCCAAAGGAGAAAUGGGCAAAUGUAUUUUUCCCUGUAUGCAGAUAUGGUGCUCACUCUUCAACUCUUGCUGAGUCCUUCAACAACUGGGUUCUUCCUUUCAAAAAGUUGCCUGCUUUUGUUCUUCUCGAUGCGAUACGUUUGAUGGUUAUGGAGAAGAUGUCUGAGAAAAGGAUACUAGGUCUAGAAAUUUUCAACACUAGGCUCACUCCUGAAUAUGAGGCUUUACUAAAGGAAAACAUUGACAUUGGUCGUACUUGGACUGUUGUUCACUCUAUGGAAAGAUUGUAUGAAGUCAGGUGGCGAGUUAAUGGUUUUCCUUGUGCCCAUGCUUGUGCUGCCAUUCAAGCUACGAGAGAAGACAUCUAUUCAUUUGUUGAGCCAUACUUCACCACCGAAUGGUACAACAUGACAUACCAGCACAUUAUCUUUCCAAUCCCCAAUUAUGACAAGCCGAAGUCUUAUGAUCCUAGUGAUAGGGUUAUUGUUCCUAUUCCUGUUCCUCCACCGGGUAGACGAAGAACACAUCGCAUCAAGAAUGCAUAUGAGAAUCAAAAGAGGGCUAUGAUGUGCACAAAGUGCUUCACUCUUCGUCACCACAACAGAACUACCUUCUCCAUGAUUUGA